CAUUGAGUCAAGUUGUCUCUAUAUUAGCAGAGAAGGCGGACCAGAAAGGACAUUACCGACUUGAAGCAAACUUGACAGAACUCCGUUCAACAACCAACGAUUUAUUUUGGACUCUAUUGAAUUCACUACAACAACACUUGAAUCUACAUCACUGCUUUUUUGUUCACUCGUCUCUACACUCUUUGAAAGUCAUCAUGUCACAGAACCAGAUCAGCCUGCCAGCCAAGCUCAUCAAUGGUGGCAUUGCUGGAAUUGUUGGGGUCACAUGCGUCUUCCCCAUUGACCUGGCAAAGACCAGGUUGCAGAACCAGAGGCAAGGUCAACAGGUCUACAAAAGCAUGCUGGACUGCCUUGUCAAGACAGUUCGAUCAGAGGGAUACUUCGGAAUGUACAGAGGUGCUGCUGUCAAUUUGACCUUGGUUACUCCUGAGAAGGCGAUUAAGCUGGCUGCUAAUGACUUCUUCCGACACAAACUGGCCAGGGAUGGGAAGGGGCUCACGGUGGUCAGAGAGAUGCUGGCAGGUUGUGGCGCUGGCAUGUGUCAGGUGAUCGUCACCACGCCCAUGGAAAUGCUUAAAAUCCAGCUCCAGGAUGCAGGCAGACUUGCGGCCCAGCAGCAAAAACCUGUCAUGAUGUCCUCCUCAAAGAUAAUGGCUGCCAACCCUGUGCUGAGCCGCUCCUUCAACUCGGGUGCAGCGGUGUCCGCUCCGCGACCCGUUUCCGCCACGCAGAUUGCCAAGGAGCUCCUCAACACCCAGGGCAUCCAGGGGCUGUACCGAGGGCUGGGGGCAACACUGAUGAGGGAUGUUCCCUUUUCUGUGGUGUAUUUCCCCUUGUUUGCGAAUCUAAACAAGCUGGGCAAACCGUCUCCUGAUGAGUCGUCUCCGUUUUACUGGGCGUUCCUGUCGGGCUGCGCUGCAGGAUCCACCGCCGCCGUGGCCGUGAACCCCUGUGACGUGGUGAAGACCAGGCUGCAGUCGCUGAACAAAGGUGCCAGCGAGGAGUCGUAUAACGGGGUUGUGGAUUGCGUGAGUAAAAUCCUGCGGAAGGAGGGGCCCUCCGCCUUCCUGAAGGGUGCAGGGUGUCGCGCUCUCGUCAUCGCUCCCCUCUUCGGAAUCGCACAAGUGAUGUACUUUGUCGGUGUGGGCGAAUACAUUCUGGACAACUCGCCCCUGAGGGUCCUGUCUGCGUGAGACGGCCCCGCCCCCCCCCCCGGCUGGCUACGCACCCAAUCACAACGAAAGGCAGCUACAUAACAUCUGUUUACCACAACAAAAAAUACUGGUGGUGUUCAAGUCUGACUGAAAGACCUUUAAUGAUUUUAACACUUGCGCCGACGGCGGUGUUGCACUUGAACACUCCGACGUCUUUCAGGAGGCUGUGGAAGCUCGUUUGCACUCGAAACUGUUGGCCUUACUGAGCCGCUGACUCAGGUCGUCUGUGCUGAUAGUUUCUGUCCCUGAACGGUCGUGUGUAGAUUCCCUCUGUGAGGGAGGGGACUUACUCCAGCAGAAACGGAUCUAUUUUCUGAAAUAUUGUCAAUUUUUUUUUUUGUGAAUCCAAAAUCCUGCAGUAAAAUGUUUUUGAGGUGGUUUUUGUUACAGAAUCUUCAGUUUUGAACUAAGGUUGAAAAUGGACGUUACAGGGGGCCAAGUUACACAAUUUAUUGCAAAGAGAUCGAGUUGGAUCAUGACUUUUGAGUAACGACUGAAUCUCUGUUCUCAUCAUGAACCUUCCUGCUGACAUGGGACCAGAAGCUGUGUCCUCGUAUUUCCUGUGAUCUGUGACCUAUUAUCUCUGUGUCUAUGAAACUGCAAAAACUUGAGCUGCAUCCCAUGCACAUUGUGUACGUGUCCGUACGUGUUUGUCCAUAUAUUCUCACUUUGAAGUAUUUACAUAUGCCGCCCUCUCACUGGAGAGGAGCGCUUUCUGGUUUAUGCCUUAACAGAUUGCUGUCUCCGUGGAACAAGCAUUACUACUUCCUGUU